UGUUGGCUCUGCGAGGAGUUGGCGACUUGUCCAGGGUGUACCCCGCCUUCUGCCCAAUUGUAGCUGAGAUAGGCGCCAGCGCCCCCCGCGACCCAAAAAGGGAAUAAGCGGUAGAAAUGGACUUGGGGAACAGCAGCGAGACAGCGUGUGAGGUUGGCAAGUUCCCGAGGUGUCCCUGAACGCGUCACAACGUCAAACAUCCAGCCCAGGAAGUGCGCAGCUUCCUGAAUAAGAAGCCCGGCAGCCCGGCUCCAUCGGCAGGGCGCCACACUCCUCCUCGGCCCCCACACUCUCCUUCUCGCCACACUCCUCCUCGGCCCCCACACUCUCCUUCUCGCCACACUCCCCCUCGGCGGACACUUGACGCCGACUUCUGCUGACUUGUGGCCCGCGGAAGCUCCUCUCCAUUAGGACCUUGAGAGCGAUGCGCCGCCUGGCGGGAGCAGGAAGAGGAGACGCGGCGGCCAGAGAGCAGCUUCCACCUGCACUCCACGUCUGACUGAUUGCCGCUCUUAGCGUCAGCCAACAAAGGUCGCUGUUGGUCAUCAAGAUGACUGAUGGGGAUUAUGACUACCUGAUAAAGCUCCUGGCCCUGGGAGACUCUGGCGUGGGGAAGACAACGUUCCUGUACAGAUACACGGAUAAUAAGUUCAACCCCAAGUUCAUCACCACAGUCGGCAUCGACUUCAGGGAAAAGCGAGUGGUGUACACAGCAUCCAACCCCAAUGGGAUGACGGCAGGAAAAAGCUUUAAGGUUCAUCUGCAGCUUUGGGACACGGCCGGGCAGGAAAGGUUCCGCAGCCUGACUACGGCGUUCUUCAGGGAUGCUAUGGGCUUCCUGCUGAUGUUUGACCUCACCAGCCAACAGAGCUUCCUCAAUGUCAGAAAUUGGAUGAGUCAGCUACAGGCCAACGCCUACUGCGAGAACCCAGAUAUCGUGUUGGUUGGAAACAAGGCAGAUCUGGCUGACCAGCGGGAGGUUCAGGAAAAACAAGCAAAGGAGUUGGCAGAUAAAUAUGGGAUUCCGUACUUCGAGACGAGUGCGGCGACCGGGGCGGAGGUGGACAAGUCCGUGGUCACUCUGCUGGACCUGGUGAUGAAGAGGAUGGAGCAGUGCGUGGACAAACCCCCCGCCGAGCCCGCCAACGGCACCGGAACCACCAAGCUCUCCGCCGCACAGCCCGAGGAGAAGAAAUGUGCAUGCUAAGAUGAGUUGAUCCCGGGAAAAAAAAAAACUUGAUCUGCCCCUCCUCACCUAUUGCUUGCAUGCUUCUCCUCGUUCGACUCGUUUCCUUCUUGCAAAAAACCCCAACAUAUCCUUUCCCGCCCUUUUGCUUCCUUCCGCCUGCUGCCACACUGAAAGCUAGUUCUCCCUCUGCUGGUCAUUCAAGCUACUGCAGUCUGGGAGGAAAAGACCAUUUGGUUUCCUGGCUUCACCUGCAGGACAGUUCUGCAUGGUCCUGGUCUCUGAGUUCCAUGGUCCAAUGCCUUUCUGCUACUAUGCCAGUUGUAGUAAUACUGCAACUUGCUCUAUAUACUAACAGUGUCCACUUGACUUCCAAACCUGUCACUGCAACUAUUUUACAAUCAUAAUUAACUGUCAUAAUUAAUGAUCCCCAUCGCUCAAUGCCUUCUAUGCUUGUACAGUACAGUGAGACUUCACUUUUGGCAUGUAAUCCAUCCCAAAAGUUGCCUUACUAAAUUAUGUAAGUCCAAUUAAACGGUUCCAAACACCCAGUUUAUGAACCAAAACACUUUUUAUAGAGAACAUUUUAAGUGAAAUAAAAAUACAUGAUAAAUGAACAUUUAACAUAUUUUUACAUUUAAUACAAACGUGUGGGCAAAGAUGGCAAUGUAUUUUGCUACCACGUCUUUCUCGAAUUCAAUAUUUUGCAACUUUUUCCAUCAAAGUGCUGAUACUCGCAACUUCAUUUGGCCCCCGUGGUGAUUGAUUUUGCAGUCGUAGUCGAUAAAGGAGACGGCCUUAUUAGUGCAGGUACUUGGUUCUGCUCAAUAUUACAUGCGCAAACCCACUAAUUUGUCACAUGCAAUGUUGGGUGUUUGUAAACCAUCUUGGUAUACAAAAAAAAGGAACAAAAUUUUGCCAAAUUGUUGGUAAAUAUGAAAAGUGAUGUUUCAAAUCCACCGCCACAGUAGCUUUUUUGUUGGAUAAACCACAAAAAUUUAGAAAACCCCAAAAAUGCGAGAGCGAUUGUGCUAUAACUGUGUUAAAUAUCAUAUAUUAAUUUAAGUCCACCCUUUGUAUGCAUCAAAAAAUAGUUUGCUGUAUAAACAGUAAAACAUUUCCCUUGAUAGCAAUCAUAGAAAAUGCAUUGAGCUUUUUUGAAGUAAAACCAGAUAUUGAUUUCUUUUCUUUUUGUCGUUUUUUAAUUGAUCUAUUUCAUAAUCCCUGUGAUAUUGUUAUAUUACACAGUAACAACCUUCAUGGCAUCAUUUUCCCUCCAGAACUUAUAAAUAUCCAUAUUUUGGACCUGUUAUAAAAACAAACCCAUAGAUCACAAAUAGGGGAUCGACUCUGAACAUAUUAGUUGUGCAAAUGUACUCAAAGAAUUCACUUUCCUAAAAGGUUUCUAAAAAAUAAUAAUAAAUGCCUGUUUUAUUAUUAGACUCAAUUCUACUUUGGAAAUGAUUACAACACUUACGCAUAAUCAGCAUUUUAGUGGCAAGUUGCUAAUUGCUUCAGCUUUCACGCUAACAUGACGACAGCAUAGAACGUGUGCAAUGGAGGGGGAAAACAAUCAUAUUAUAUUUAUAUAAACAAUCACAAUGUUUGUAUUUAACAUUACAAAUGUAAAUAACUUACCUAAAACCGUAUCCACUCACAGUAAUAUGUGGAGAAUAAAUACUAAAGCUGGUAAAAGAGAACACAACAAUACAACACCCGGUGUGAAAGUCAACAAAAACAUGUUACACAACAAAACAAUUGUACAUAUUUUUUUUUUUUUUACAUUUACUGCAAUUGUUGACAUUGAGCUGAUAACAAAAAAAGUAACAUAAAAUUAAAAACAUAUGCAUAAAACAAUGGAAGGAUAAAAAUACAAUUAUUCCAUUUUAUUGCAUACAAAUUGAAGCCUAAAGUGGCAAAUAAAUAAACAAAAGCAAAAAACUGUUAGCUCCUGGACAAAACAUAUUCCUUGAGUUUGUAAACAAUAUACAAAUACAACAAAUAUAAUAUAAACAAUAGAAUGUUUGUGAAAAUAGACUGCAAAAUAUCAAUCUCAUCACAUGAGUAUUGGUGCGAUACUACCUAUGAUGCUGAUACUGGAUAGUUGCAUGGAUCUGCCCACCUGGUUAACCAUCAGCUGUUUGAUGGACAGAUGCAACAUCCACGAGUGAAACAUGACACCAAAUGCAAACUAGUGGUAUCAACAUAGUUCAUGUUCAGUCCAAUAGUUCAAUCCAAUCCCCAAAUGUAAAACACUACUCCCAAAAAGUAAGAGUUAUUUGGGUGAAUUUUUUUUCUGAAGCUGAAAUGCCUGAAAACCCCUUUUUUCUUUUUUUUUUUUGAACUAAUUGAUUUAUUUUACUGCUUUGCCUCCUUCCAAAAUAACUUGUGGUGCCACGGCAGAUUUAUUUGUUGUCCGUUCACACUCCUUGCUUGCUGAUAUCCACUUCAAAUGUGCCUGACCAACACUUUCAUGCAAGCGCCGCCUGCUUUUGUGCAAGUCAGCCAUUUUUCCUCAAGUCACAGGACACCCGGAACUGCCUUACAUCAUGAAAAUCUGCUUCAAAGUCUUGGUUUGCAGUAGAAAAAGAAACCGAAGCAGCUUUCUUUCCAUCCUUGAGUUUCUUUCUCCCCGCCCCCAAGAAUGCGUCCGUAAGACACAAAUGAGUCGGCGGUGAGGAUUUCUAACAGCAUUAACAAAAUAGAAGUUCUAUAUAUAAGAGAGUAUAUACAGUGUGUUUAUUUCUGUCAAGUUUUGUAUCGUGCACAAUGGAUCUCUUUAAAAAGGUUCUGUGCUUUGUCACCUUUAAUAUGCCGAUGUGCCAAAUCCAAAUAAAACAAGAAGAACCGCAGAAAAAGUUGUUUUUCCAAAAUACCUCAA